CGCGUGCCAUGGACUGGGCCGCCCGGUGAUAUUGACAAUAGGGAGAGAGGAGGGGGCGCCGACGGGGAGCGGGAUCGGCGGCGACGGCGGCGGCGGCUCGGGCACCUGCCCCUCACACCUUCCACUUUCUUCUCCUCGUCCUGCUGCCGCGGCGGAUCCGGCCUCCUUCCUCACGUCGCCGCCGCCGCCGCCGCCGCCGGUCCCGGGCCACGAGCUGAGGCGCCGCCCGAACCGUCCGCCGUCCGUCCGUCCGUCCGUCCGCCCUCCGGGGAUGUGAGGGAGUGAGGGAGGAGCGCAGCGGGGCUCGUGCGGAUUUGAUGGGCCGCGGGGGAGGAUCCUGAACCCGACCAGGCCGCCGUCCCGAGCCAACGCCGAGGCCUAGAGGCGCCGCCGCCCCCGCCGUCCCCGCCGCCCCCGCCGCCCCCGCCGCCAGUCCCCUUUCGGCCCCUCGCCCGGGAGCCGCUCUCCGUCUCCGGAUUCUUCCUCGGGAGCCUCAAGUAGGGAUAUGUCCUCAGCACCAACUACUCCUCCAUCAGUGGAUAAAGUAGACGGAUUUUCUCGGAAGUCCGUCAGAAAAGCCAGACAGAAGAGGUCGCAAAGUUCCUCGCAGUUUAGGUCUCAGGGCAAGCCUAUUGAGUUAACCCCUCUGCCCCUGCUAAAAGACGUUGCAUCCUCAGAGCAGCCUGAACUGUUCCUAAAGAAACUUCAGCAGUGCUGUGUAAUUUUUGACUUCAUGGACACGCUAUCAGAUCUUAAAAUGAAAGAAUACAAGCGCUCCACUCUUAAUGAACUGGUGGACUACAUUACAAUAAGCAGAGGCUGUUUGACAGAGCAGACUUACCCUGAAGUAGUUAGAAUGGUAUCUUGCAAUAUAUUCAGAACUCUCCCACCUAGUGACAGUAAUGAAUUCGAUCCAGAAGAAGAUGAACCAACCCUUGAGGCGUCAUGGCCGCAUUUACAGCUUGUAUAUGAAUUUUUCAUACGAUUUCUGGAAAGCCAAGAAUUUCAACCCAGCAUUGCCAAAAAAUACAUAGAUCAGAAAUUUGUAUUGCAGCUUUUGGAGCUAUUUGACAGUGAAGACCCCCGAGAACGAGAUUACUUAAAAACAGUUUUACACCGAAUUUACGGCAAAUUCCUUGGUCUUAGAGCAUUUAUCCGAAAACAGAUUAACAAUAUUUUUCUAAGGUUUGUUUAUGAAACUGAACACUUCAAUGGGGUGGCUGAACUGCUGGAAAUACUAGGAAGUAUCAUCAAUGGCUUUGCUUUACCUCUUAAGGCAGAACAUAAACAGUUUCUUGUGAAGGUGUUAAUUCCUUUACAUACGGUCAGAAGUUUAUCACUCUUCCAUGCACAGCUGGCGUAUUGCAUAGUACAGUUCCUGGAGAAAGACCCGUCCCUCACAGAGCCCGUUAUUAGGGGGUUAAUGAAAUUCUGGCCCAAAACAUGCAGUCAAAAGGAGGUCAUGUUUCUUGGGGAGUUGGAGGAAAUCUUGGAUGUGAUCGAACCUUCACAGUUUGUUAAAAUUCAGGAACCCUUGUUUAAACAAAUUGCCAAGUGUGUCUCUAGUCCUCACUUUCAGGUGGCAGAGAGGGCACUCUAUUAUUGGAAUAAUGAGUAUAUUAUGAGUUUGAUAGAGGAGAACUCCAAUGUCAUCCUUCCUAUCAUGUUUUCCAGUCUCUAUAGGAUUUCCAAAGAACACUGGAAUCCGGCUAUUGUGGCUUUAGUGUACAAUGUGUUGAAGGCAUUCAUGGAAAUGAACAGCACCAUGUUUGAUGAGCUGACGGCCACUUACAAGUCAGAUCGCCAGCGUGAGAAAAAGAAGGAAAAAGAACGUGAAGAAUUAUGGAAAAAACUGGAAGAUCUGGAAUUGAAGAGAGGCCUUAGACGUGAUGGGAUAAUUCCAACUUAACAUGAAUGUGGCCAGUGCGCUGUUAACCUGUGGAGUCACAUGUCUAUGUAGUAGAAGAUGGAGCAACAGUUUUCUGUAUUGUGCAACUUUCCAGUAGAUUUCACAUUUGUUUCAUUAUUACAACAGCACUGUAUAUAACUGUCUCUAAGUAAAGGAACAAUUAAGGACUUCAAUCCAAAGUUUGGAUAGUAGAUGGACUUCUCAGAACUUUGCGAACAUAAUCAUUGUUUUAACCCUUCUUGAAAACCGGUGAUGAAAUUGCUGUGUCAAAAUUCCAUUGUCAGGAGUUCCUUAUUUAUCAUUAGCAGAGAGUAUGAUUCAAUUUUCAAAUGUGAACAAUCUUCAAUUUAGCUUGUCUUUCUGCUAAACGGUUUCAAUGUAUUUAUAGUAAAAGAAAAACAAAAGAUUGUCAUUUCUUUAUAAGUUUGUAGACCAUCCUCCUCUGGAUAACUGUAUGGGAAUUUAACCGUCUUUCCUUUUGCACAUCUUCCUAAAGUGGAAUGGCCGUGCCGGCCGGGGCUGGGGACCUGCCGGCCCACGGUCAGGUUUCGAUGACCGGUGCGAGCGUCUUUUCGGUCUCUGGUCGGGUCCGCCCUGGCACUCCUGCAGUUUGAACGUUAGGAGUCAGAUGUAGAGGUGAUAAACAUAGUAGGGAAAGGAAUGUGAAUUCCCACACCGAGUCUCUGCUGCAUCCAGACCAGAUGUCUUGAAUCCUUUGAAAACGGCCAUUGGUACGUCCCGGGCUUCAGUACCUCACCAAGUAUUAGUUGUACACAUCAGCGGACACGCAUGCCAGAGCUAUUUCAGGAAUGGCUAAUACAUUGUAUUGGACCAUUUUGAACUAAUAAAGACAAACACUAAUCAGUUAAGCCGUGAAAGUGGUCUCGUGGGGUUGCAGAGCUAAUUGGGAAAAGAGUUGAGCAAACAGUUGGGGCUGUUUGGAGUUGUUGCCUUACUUUUUAAUAAUGUAUUUAUAAAGUAUUCCAGCAAAAGAGGAUGUAGCCUCUGAAAAACAUGUUACAGUGUUUUUGUAGACCCUAGUCUCUCGUCUCACCACAGCGCCAGCCCAGUUUUUUAGCUGGAAAGGAUUCAGGAUUACCAGAAAUCUGCAUUCUGAAUUGGAUGCUCAUUCCUAACUACUGUAUUUGUUACCCAAAGUGGUUCUACAAAUGCUACUGAAAAAAAAAAAAAUCUGGAAAUUCCUCAUGUCCUGAGUAUUAAUAAUAAAGUGUAAAAAUCUUUUUCUAUCAAA